AUGAAAAGUGGAGUGUUUGUACUGAACUGGGCGUUCGGGAGGUAUGAGCUGAGCGCGUUCGCAGGCGAGGGGGAGAAGGGAGAUGUGGUGAAGCUGACGGUGAUGGGGGAGCGUGGCGAGGUAAAGCGGGCGGCACGCAAACUUGGAAGCACCCUCGGCGGUGUAGAUUUUAUGUAG